CGUGUGCUAAUAAGGCAGAGGUCAAGGGUUCAAGCCUCGCAGGAUGAUAACAUGCUCGCAAUGGCCGAAGACGAUGUGGACUUACCCAAGGAGCUGCUCAAGAUGGUGGACGAGGAUGCCUCGGGGGAAGAAGACAAAGACUCCAUCUUGGGUGGCAUUCAGAACCUCCAGAACCAGCUGGAGCAGCUCAAGGAGAAGGCCUCGACUACCAUGACGGAGAUGAAAACCAAGGCAGAGGAGAAAUGCUUCUCUGUCAUGUAAAUAAAAUAAAAUGUAAUAUUUCAGUUCACUGAUCAGGGGUGAAACUUAACUUCCACUUAAGUAAUUUUUUUUGUCAUUUAGACUUGGCUUAUGUGGAAGUUAGGAUUCGCUCCGAACAGUCCAAGAGUUUUGGGUCUUCACCAUGCAGCAGACCUGGGUUUAAAAUUAGUAUCUGAGAUCUUUCAAAGUCUCCUUUGAGUGUUUUGAUUGAGCCUGUCUGGGUCCUUCUCUCAUUCUCGCCACCACCCAAGCUGUGAAAGCUCCCUGGAGAUGUAUGUCCAAUGGCAGAGGGUCUCGUUGGAAACUCACUUCCUAACAACCUCUUGUGUGAAUGGUCUGUUUUGAUGUGUUCCCUAAAUUUGCUGGAUAGGUCAUUUGUUGUAUGAAUAAAUUGUUUUAGAUUGUUACUCCCCCUCCGUCCUU